GUUCGAGGCAGUCUCCAGCUCACAAUAUCGCGACAGCAACCGCAUCAACGAGGGCGCUGCUCGAGGUCCCACAACAAUGUCGAACUUACGCCAUGGCCUUCAGCAGACUCUCUGCUUGCGCCAACUGGCAAAGGGUCAUUCGGUAAAGGCUCAAUGGCAACGAUCGAGCCUGCAGUCGAGCUCCAAGAGCAUGUCGACCACGAGCGAACCUCAACCUGAAAAGGACGAACCCAAAAUCGACUCGAACCUAGUGUUGCCUCCCGAAAAGCCCUUCUCCGGCGUCACAAAGGCUCGUCCACUACCCAUCUCGCCGUCCUACUUCUCCAGAGAGCCUCGCUUCAACGACGCCUACAUCCAACUUUCUACUCUUGUGCAGAGAUAUCAGCAUCUUCCUCUGGCGCCCCCGGAAUUGGUCCCACGACAAAUAUGGAGAAAUUUGAAGGGUUACAGACAGGCUACCGGAGAGCCGGUCAAGGCGAUGCCGUUCAGUCAGGUUCUUAGCAUGGUCAAGCGACUGCACCAGAUCCACCCCGGGCUGAUGCCCAGCGAAGUCAGGGAAGCCCUACAGGAAUUCAAGCGCGACAUCGACCCGUACAAGAACACAGCCAAGGUUGUGCCUCUCGACAGGUUUGGACGCGCUUUAGGCGUCGGCCGCAGGAAGACAUCGAGCGCUCGCGCAUGGGUUGUGGAGGGCACUGGAGAGAUGCUGGUCAACGGCAAACCUCUGAAUGAGGCGUUUGGCAGAGUUCAUGAUCGUGAGAGCGCCAUCUGGGCGCUCCGAAGCACUUCGAGAACAGACAAGUACAACGUAUGGGCACUGGUCGAAGGCGGCGGUGUGACCGGGCAGGCCGAGGCUCUUACAUUGGCAAUUGCUAAGGCCGUCUUGGUCCACGAACCAGCUCUCAAGCCGAUACUAAGAAAGGCUGGCUGCAUUACCCGUGAUCCUAGACAAGUCGAGAGAAAGAAACAUGGUCAUGUCAAGGCCAGAAAGAUGCCCGCCUGGGUUAAGAGAUAGAAGUCUCGUUCGAUCUGUGGCGUUCAUGAUGACAUUGCCAGGCAUACUUUCCAUCUUUUCGUUGUACCACCACCUCCAUGUAUUCAUAGAACAGAGGCAGCUCUUACAAUGCCAGCCUAUGGUGUAUACUUGCCUGAUGUCCCGUAUUGGUGGGCGACAUUUCCUAUCAAGGGGAAUUAAUAUGUGAUCGCAACUUACGAAAAGCAACGACA